AUGCCGACCAAUCUCCCCGCGCCGACGUACACCGGCCCGGUCCAAGGCAACGCCUCCAUCGUUAUUGACGCGCCGCUCGAGAAAGUGUGGGCCGCGGUAAUCGACUUCCCUAGCUAUCCUCAGUGGUACGACAAGAACCCGCUCCCCGACCAGACUCCGGUGGAAGACGCGUACCUCGUCAUGAAGGUCCACAUCCCGCCGUCGCUCGACGACUCGAUCCCGACGAUCUCCGUGUUCGAGCAGAUCACUCACGUCCAGCCGGACCUGCACCGCGUCGCCUGGAACAGCACGCUCCCGAGCUGGUUCGUGAAGGCCGAGCGCUGGCAGGCGGUGAGCGCGACUGAGGACGGCAAGACGCUGUACGAGUCGCGCGAGAUCUUCGCGGGCUCGGGCGCGUACGCGAUCAAACUGUUCAUCUCUGGCGACCUGGAGAAGAGCUUCAUCGCGCAGGCGGAGGGGCUGAAGGCGUAUGUCGAGGGCCAGGCGUAG